AUGGGAAUUCAAGUGUUCCUGCAAAAACUCUCAGGACUGCUGCUCCUGCUGUGUGCCCUGCCCUGGGCUGAAGGUGAGAAGGUGUUAGUAUUUCCCAUAGAGGGCAGCCACUGGCUGAGCAUGAGGGAUGUUAUCAAGGAGCUCUACGCCCGAGGUCACCAGACUGUGGUCCUGGCUCCAGAGGUGUCCGUGCACAUCAAAGGAGAGGACUUCUUCACCCUCCAAACCUAUAGCGUUCCAUACACCAAGGAAGAGUACCGGCACCAAUUGCUGGGCCACCUUCAAAAUUUUUUUGAAACAGAAUUUUCUCUGAAGUUAGUUUUACAGAAUGUGGCAGGGAUAAAUAAUAUAUCAGCAUUCUACGUGAGGUCUUGCAUGGGCCUGCUGUACAACACAGCUCUCAUCCAGCAUCUGAACUCCAGUUCCUUCGAUGUGGUGUUGACAGACCCAUUUUUCCCCUGUGGGGCCGUGCUAGCCAUGUACCUGCGUGUUCCUGCUGUGUUUUUUCUGCAAUCCAUGCUCUGCGAACUAGAAUCUGAGGCAACAAGCAGUCCAAGCCCCUUUUCUUAUGUUCCCAGGUUGCUCACCAUGAAUUCUGACCACAUGAGCUUCCUAGAAAGAGUGAAGAACAUGGUUUACCCUUUGCCAUGGAUGUAUUUUUGCCAUGUUAAUUAUGGCCCUAUGGAGAGACUCGCCUCUGAGCUUUUGCAGAGGGAGGUGUCCUUGUUGGAGAUUCUCAGACAUGCAUCUGUGUGGCUACUGAGAAAGGACUUUGUGUUCAGUCACCCCAGGCCCUUCAUGCCCAACAUGAUCUUCAUUGGGGGCAUAAACUGUGCCAACAGGAAGCCCCUCUCUCAGGUCUGUAUUCAGUCUUUAUUCAAAUGA